AUGGGUAGUUGUGGGAGGAGUGGAGCUGUGAGGCAAUACGUAAGAUCAAAGGUGCCUCGUUUGAGAUGGACUCCCGAGCUUCAUCACUGCUUUGUUCAUGCCAUUGAGAGGCUUGGUGGCCAAUAUAAGGCUACGCCUAAACUCGUUCUUCAGUUGAUGGAUGUGAAAGGACUGACUAUUUCACAUGUGAAAAGCCAUCUUCAGAUGUAUAGAAGCAUGAGGAGUGACCUGGGCAGACAAGAUAGGAGCUCCUGCCAACAAAAAAGACAAUCUUUUGAUGACCAUGAUGAGUGUGUUGAAGAAGUAAAACCCAUUGAAGAAUCAGAUUCUCACUUGGUGUACAGGCCUCUCUCUUCCAAAAGGGCCAGAAUCGAGACCAGGAGUUCAAUAUCUGAGGAGAACCUGCAAUGCAGCCAAGGAAUAUGUGAGACAGCCUCAAAUCCGUACUCUUUUGAUGAUUGUAUGGGAAUAAAGGAGGAGGGUAAUGAAGGUGGUUUCAAAUGGGAGCAGGCCCAUUUUAAGCCUCAAUAUUCUACAGCCUUCUCUCUUCGACGUGAUCUUUAUAGCAUAAACACUUCUAAACGUGAAGUGGAAGAAUCUGAUUUCCUCAAGGUUGCCAAACUAGAGGAUGGCAAGUGCAAACCGGAAAAGAUGCACAAACCUGAGGUUAGUGGAAGUGGAAGAGCAGAACAUGAAGAAUCUGGUGGUUGCGAGUUGUCACUCACUCUCUCACUACCCCAUCAUUCCUCACAGAGAAGCAAUGCUUCUUCGACUAGUGAGAUCAGCGAGGCAUUCUCAUCAUACUCUAGGUCAAACUUAAAAGACUGUUCUGGCUUUUCUACCGGAAAACGUGAUAUUAACUUAGAUCUGUCCAUUGCUCUUUGUGGUGCCUAA